AAAAUAUCGAAUUUACUUGAUAAACUCGUUAACCCAAUGAUGGUUUAGGUAAUUUUAAAGUAGCACAAAUUAUGUUAAGUCAUGUUGAAACGCAACUCAAGUGUUUAUGUGCUAUACGUUAUAAGUUUUAUAUAGUGACAUAUCAUCGUUGUAAUACUUACAAUCCUAGUGAUGUGAUUCAGUGUCAGUGUGUUGCCGGAGGCCACAGAGUCGACACCGACCGGCGCCAUAUUUUGCCCACUAUUCGAGACACGCGCCGCUCGCGGCCUUCAAAUACUCUAUAAUGAAGCCCAGUGUAUUAAUUUCUAUAUUGUCAUUACUAGUGCUAACAGAUUACGCGUGUAGUCUCAAUAUCCUUGGAAUAUUUCCAUACCAAGGCAAAAGUCACUUUAUCGUUUUUCGUGUUUAUUUACGUGAACUCGCGAAGAGAGGUCAUAAUGUGACCGUUAUUUCUCAUUUUCCUGAACAAGAUCCACCUGCGAACUAUCAUGAUAUAAGUUUAGCUGGAAGUACAAAGCCCAUAGAAGACGAAGGUCCCUUCCAGACUUCAUAUCUCAUUCUGUUGGCUGUUAGCUGGUUCCUUGCUCAUAGCGGUGUUCAAAACUGUGACACAAUGUUGGCAAACGAUCGAGUGCAAAGUUUGAUCAAAGAAAAACCGAAGUUCGACGUGAUUGUCGUGGAGCAGUUCAAUAGUGAUUGUGCUCUUGGUGUCGCCCACAAGUUCGACGCUCCGGUUGUUGGUAUAAUGUCGCAUAUACUUAUGCCCUAUCACUAUCAAAGACUGGGUAUCCCUUACAACCCAGCUUAUGUUCCAUUCCAUUUCCUGGAAGGUGGAACUAAACCUACCCUAUAUCAAAGAGUAGAAAGAACCAUAUUCGACUUUUACUUCAGAACACUAUAUAAAUAUUAUACUCAAAGAAGUAAUCAAAACAGUCUUGCAAAAUAUUUCGACGACAUUCCGCCCUUAGAUGAUUUGGCUCGAGACAUGAAGUUUCUCCUUCUGUACCAUAACUUUGUACUCACUGGAUCAAGGUUAUUCCCUUCUAAUGUAAUUGAAGUUGGAGGUUUCCAUGUUAUCGACGCAAAACCUUUAACUGGUGAUCUCAAAAAAUUUGUCGAUGAAGCUGAGCAUGGCGUGAUCUACAUUAGUUUUGGGUCAGUUGUGAAAGCCACUACGAUGCCCGCAGACAAAGUGCAGGAUGUACUGAAUGUAAUGAAGCAACUACCACAACGAUUUAUUUGGAAAUGGGAAGACAAGACUUUACUGGUGGACAAAAAUAAACUGUACACUAAAAAUUGGCUUCCUCAAGUUGAUAUUCUAGCUCAUCCGAAAACGUUAGCGUUUUUGUCUCAUGCUGGCAAUGGUGGUACCACGGAAGCUAUACACUAUGGAGUACCAAUGGUAGCCAUGCCAAUAGUUGGAGAUCAACCUGCAAAUGCCGCAGCUGUAGAAGAAAGUGGACUUGGAGUAACGUUACAAGUUAGAGACUUGAAUCAAGAAAACCUGUUGAAUGCUUUCAAAAAAGUGUUGGAUCCCAAAUUCAGGGAGAGAGUGAAAGAAGUGUCCAAGGCGUGGCAUGAUCGGCCAAUCUCGCCAAUGGAUACCGCUGUGUAUUGGACGGAAUUUGCAGCCAAGCAUCCCAAUUUCACAUUCAGAACAGCAGCUGCAGACGUUCCAUUUUACCAGUACAUUAACCUAGACGUAGCUGCUGUGCUCAUCACGAUAUUUAUUUUGAAUAUUGUAGCAUUGAGAAUAGUUAUAAAUAAAUGUAGAUCCAACAAAAAAGUUACUACAAAGACUGAAAAGAAAAAGGCGAAGCGUGCAUAGUCGCGAGAGAUUCAAAUUAAGUAUUAGAUUAAGCGUAUCAAAUUAUAAAUAGCACUAACAAAAAGCUGGCAACUUAUCAUUAAUUUGAAAUCAAGAUACCGAUCGCAAAAAUGCCAAUACUCAACUUAGGGUACGAUUCUAAAAUACAUUAAAAU